CGCGCAGGCGGGAGUUCCGCGCUCGGCUCGCGGCAGGCAUGGCUGGCCUCGAGGAGUCGGGAAACGGCGGGCCGGGGCGCGCAGCCCGAAGGGGAGCCCCCGGCGGCGUGGGGACGGCUGUGUCGCGCGAGCUCCUGCGCGCGGGCUGCGCAGGCGCAGGCGGGAUUCAGGACGCGCUGCUCCUCCGUUCCAAAGGCAAGAGCGCGGGCUUGAAGACGGUGCGAGUGGAGAGGAGCAGCGUUUUAGAAAGAGUGAAGAACUUCCUACCUCACAUUGAACAAGCAAACAGAAAACUAAGAGAGGAGAUGGCAUCGGGGCCCCCAGACCUGUUCAAUAUUGAAAAUGUAGAUGACUCCCUGGAAAAAGUCAUAGAAAUGGAUGUGGCCGUGGUGGAGGUGAGCAGCUCUGAUUCUGAAGAACUCAGUUCAGGAGAGAGUUCCGGAUCUGAGGAUGAGAACAGCAUAACUGGAGAGGUCACUGUGGAGAAUAUUAAGUUUCCUAAACCAAGUGGAAAAAGAGGCAAGAUAGAAGUUUUGGACAGUUGAACAACCAGAUGGAUGAAGUUGCUAUCUCAGGCCCCAUGUCUGCCUGCUCACAUGCCCUGCGCCUCAUUCAGGUGACACAGGCCCUUCCGGCUCCAGGGGAGCAUUUGCGGGACUGAGUGUUGUCCAUUUUAUGGGAUAUCUGCAUUGCUUCUGUAUAUGUUGUAUAUAGUCCACUAGGGUCAUGUGUGAAAGUCAGUUUUUCUAGCCCCUUGCCCAGUGCCUGACGUGGAAAUAAAUGGCACUAAAUAAAUGCUUUUGAA